UUUCCUCCCAACUUCCCACCGCGCGUACCAAUAAAACCCAACGAGCCUACCGCUCUAGCUACGGACGGGCAGGUGGACUGUAGCUUUGCUUGCUUGCCCUACCACUAGCAAGCUAGUGGCUGCCAUGGCGUCCUCUGGCGGCGGCCGCUCACCGGCUGAGGCGCCACAGGCGGUGGUCGACAACCUGAUCGAGGUGCGCGAGCGGGCUACUAUGCUCCAGACCAUGCUUCAAGGGUCGCCCACGCCGCCGAGCGCGGCCGGGGACACCAGUGAGCUGAUAGACGGGAUCAUGAGCAGUCUGUCGAGAGCGCUGUCGGUGCUGGACACCGGCGGCGGCGGGGCGCCGUCGUCUGCGGGCGGACGUGGACCGGGCGGGAGGAGGAGGAAAGGCGCUGCGGCCGGGCCGCACCGGCGGAGCAGCAGCUCCUGCAGGAGAAGAUCAUACAGCCCCUUUUCCAGGACUGUCACUUCUAAUACGCUCGAUGAUGGCCACUCAUGGAGAAAGUACGGGCAAAAACGUAUCCAGGACUCCCCUUACCCCAGGAGCUACUACAGGUGCACACACAGGCCAGACCAAGAGUGCCGGGCCACACGGCAGGUCCAGGCCUCCGAGACCAACCCGUCGGAGUACGUCAUCAGCUACUUCGGCAAGCACACCUGCCGGGACCCCUCCACGAUCCCGCUCGUCAUCGAGGCCGCCGCUCCAAUGGACUGCGCAAACCUCAUCAGCUUCGGAUCCACCAUCGCCGCUACCACGAGCAUACACACUACUCACGGCGUUUUCAAGAGAGACCAGGCGAUUGAUCCGAUGGUGCUUUCUCGCUUCAUCGAUUACAGCUCCUCACUGCCGGCGCUCAGCAUCAGCAGGUCACCUGCCGGGCAGCUGACCGCUGUGGUGGGAUUAACGGGGAUGACCUCGUCGGUCACCGUGGGGUCGGCGCCGGAGUACUGGCCAGGAGGGGCCAGCGACAUGGCCGGUGGUGGUGGCACGGGCAGCUUCCCGUCGUCUCCUAGCAGCCUCGGAUUCAUAACCGGCUCGUUUGGGUCCUUUGGGAACGCCGGGGAUGACGACUUGUUUGGCUUCGAUUCCUGACACAGGCUGAUGCAUGCAUGCAUAAUUGACAUGUUUGCAAUUUGCAUGCAUGUACCUCUUAUAUGUACGGAUAUCCACAUGGACUUAUAGUGGUAAAGAAUAAGGCUAGCUCUAGUUAAGCUGAAAUGGCUGUUGAGUAAAGUAUAUGCAUAUUUGCUGGUGAUCAAGGCCAGUCUUCCACGUCCUCUAUGCAAUCAUAUGCAAAAAAUAUAUGCAUGCAUUGUACCCUAGCUAAGGCCUUAUUU